CGCUGGGUCCUCCAAGAUGGCGGCCGACGUGUCCGUUACUCACCGGCCCUUGCCCAGCCCGGAGGCCGAGGCCGAGGAGAGUGACGUCGCGGGGCGCCGGGCGCCCGAAGAGGAGCUGCCGCCGCUGGAGCCCGACGAGGUGCACAGCCGCCUGGAACGAACCAGUCAACAAUUCCGCAACCGCCGCAAGAUCCUCAUCCGGGGCCUCCCAGGGGACGUGACCAACCAGGAAGUUCAUGACCUUUUGAGUGACUACGAGCUCAAGUACUGCUUUGUGGACAAGUACAAAGGAACAGCGUUCGUGACCCUGCUGAAUGGGGAGCAGGCCGAGUCGGCCAUUCGCACGUUUCACCAGAGCCGGUUGCGGGAGAAGGAGCUGUCGGUGCAGCUGCAGCCCACGGAUGCCCUCCUGUGCGUGGCCAAUCUGCCCCGGGCCUUGAGCCAGCGAGAGUUUGAGGAGCUGGUGCGGCCGUUCGGCAGCUUGGAACGCUGCUUCCUGGUGUACAGCGCCCAGACGGGCCACUCCAAGGGCUACGGCUUCGCCGAGUACAUGAAGAAGGACUCGGCCGCCCGGGCCAAGUCGGAUCUCCUCGGGAAACCUCUGGGGCCGCGGACGCUGUACGUGCACUGGACUGAUGCUGGGCAGCUGACUGCUGAACGGCUGCACUCGCGCUGCCUGUGUGUGGACCGGCUGCCCCCCGGGUACAGCGAUGCAGAGGAACUGGCUCGAGCCUGCAGUGACCCCCAUCCCCCCACCUUCUGCCAGUUGGCGUACGGGCAGGAUGGGCAGCUGAAGGGGUUUGCGGUCCUGGAGUACGAGACGGCCGAGAUGGCGGAGGCCGCGCAGCAGCAGGCGGACGGGAUGGCCCUGGCUGGCCACCGCGUGCGGGUGUCCUUCUGCGCCCCCGGCCCGCCCGGCCGCAGCAUGCUGGCCGCACUCAUCGCGGCCCAGGCCACGGCCCAGAACCGGGGGAAGGGGCUCCUGCCGGAGCCCAACAUCCUGCAGAUCCUCAACAGCCUAGGACCUCCGGCCUCGCUCCAGCUGCUGCUGAAUCCACUGCUGCAUGGCACUGUGGGGGGCAAGCAGGGCCUCCUGGGUGCCCCCCCGACCCUGCCGCUGCUGACCGGCCCAGCCCUGUCCACCACGCUCCUCCAGCUGGCGCUACAGAGCCAGGCACAGGCCCAGCAGAAGCCAGGAAUCCUGGGAGACUCCCCGCUAGGCUCCCUGCAGCCAGGGGCCCUGAGCCUGCCUAAUGCCACAUCAGGGUCCAGCCAGCCCGGGGGCGCCCAUCUCGGGGAGUUGCCCACCGGGGGACCCCAGCCCUCCGAAGUCGGCCCCGGGCGCGGGAAGCCCUCCCCUCUCCUGCCACCCCUCCUGGGCCCAACGGGGGGGGAGCGAGAGGCGGCAGGGCUGGGGGUGCUGGCUAGCCAGCUCCCCCCGCCUCCCUCUGCCUUGCUGGGCUCUGUCGUCACCGGCCUGCCGAAGCUGGGGGAGGACAGACCGCCUGCCUCCGGAGGCUCCUCGCUCCUGGGAGAGCCGCCCAAGGACUUCAAGAUCCCCCUGAACCCCUACCUGAACCUGCAAAGCCUGCUACCUGCUGGUAGUCUCUCUGGUGCCAGCGGGAGUUCCGGCAAGCCUUUUAACCUGAAAUCCGGGGGGUUUGGCAGCGUCCCCAACCCUCAGCUCCCAAACGAGCUAGGUCUUCCCACUGAUGGCUUCACUUUCGAUUACCAGCCGGAACUGGGGAGACGGGGGUUCCUGCAUCACCCUCGGGAAGCCGGGGGGCCAUUUGGAUCCAGCCGGCACAAGAUAUCUCCAGCAUCUGCUGGCUUCGGUGAGCGAAGUGCCGGCGGGGGUGGGGGCGGCCCCCUCCCCGCCUUGUACUCUGGCUCCCCCACCUCCUACUUCAGCAGUGGCCUGCAGGCUGGGCUCCAGCAGAGCCAUCUGAACAAGGCUGUGGGCAUGCCACCAGUGGGCUCAGGAGAGGGUCUUUUGGGCCACGGACCCAGCGGGCACGGCAGCAACCUAAAGACUCCAGUCGCCGGCCAGAAGCGAGGCUCCUCACACCUGCUACCAUCUCCAGAGCCUAGUCCUGAGGGUGGCUACGUGGGCCAGCAUUCACAGGGACUGGGAGGCCACUAUGCUGACUCUUACCUGAAGCGGAAGAGGAUAUUCUAGCGACGUCCAGCCCCCCUCCUCCUCCCCCUCUCCCCGCCCCCUCCCCCCAGCAACACUGCCCUGAUGCCUUUUGGCUAUGGAUCUAUUUUUGAAGAGUCAAAAAUAGGACUUUGCUUUUUAAAGGAGGGGGGUGGGGGCCCGUCUGGGAGUUCAGACCUUCCUCACCCCAUCUCAAGGGAGGCCGAAAGGGGUCCGGCCUGCCCUUUUCCUCAUUUCCCAGGGGUCCUGGCCUAGUUGAGCCCUCACCUCCCACUGCAGUUUUAACAGAGCAGUCCAGCAGGGUGGGGGUGGUGCGCAGACUCAGUCUCCCUUCUGUCACUGUUCUCUUACCCCCGUCUCUGUCUCCCUCGGGAUGCCGUCUCCCGCUGGCCACUCCCCCGCCAUGCCCCCUAGGCGAGGCUGAUGGCUACGGAGACGGAAGUUGAGGAAACUGCCCAUCCCCAAAAUGCUUCUUUUCCUUUCUCAAGUGAACCUUUUGGGGCUCUUCCCCUUCAAGGUUUUUGUUUUAUAAAAUGUAGGGGAAGAGUCCUGUCCCCUGGAGGAGGGAUGGGUUUUGAUUGACACUUAUACAUCCACCCUUACCUCCCGUCUCCUGGUGCUCUCUCUCUCUUUUUCUGGUCCUUUUCCCCAUCCCACCCUCAUUAUGGCCCGGGCCGUGUUGCCCGCUGGCUUCUCUCUUGCCUCGAAGCAGCUCCCCCAUCCCCCGUGGCCCCUUCCCCACCUCCCACGCGGCCUGGGAACGGUAGCGUUUUGAUCCCUUAGUGGUGUGGCCUGCUAGGGACUUCCCUGCAGCCUCCGAAACGAGGCCUCGGUUCGGCGGCUCCCGUGCCUCCCCCAGUGGCCGUAACCCGGUUAGAAGGGCCAGACUGGGGAGGACUACCCCCCUCCCCCCCAUUUGCACUGGGGCUUUCCCGGGCAUUUGGGGCUCCUUUGGCCCGCCCCCCGCCAGUACCCUCCCCCCGGGCCGCUCUCACCGUCUCUCUCCCCGCUCUCCCUUCGUCUGCCGUUUUUCUUUCCUUUCCCCGGUCCCUUUUUUUUUUUUUUUGCUGAAUUAAAAGUUUUUAAGUAAAAGUGAUUUUAAUGAAAGGUC